AUGCGACAGGUGCUGAGGGCCGGCUUGGGAUGCCUCGUCUCCCUGCUGCUCGCCGCACCGGCUGACGCCUUCUACAUUCCAGGCUGGUCUAUCAAGAGCUACCACGACGGCGAACAGAUCCCGCUCCUUGUUAACAAGGUCUACUCCGAUAACACGCAGCUUCAGUAUGCGUACUACGACCUCCCCUUCGUGUGCCCCCCGACGGGCAAGCCGAAGCCCGGCACCGGGCUGCUGAGCGGACAGAGCAUUCCCCUUAACCUCGGCGAGGUCCUUCGUGGCGACAGGAUAAAAACGUCCGACAUUGACUUGGUCGUGGGCCAAGAUAAGCCAUGCAACCUGCUGUGCAAUCGCGAGAUUUCAAGGAAGGAGAUGCGGAGGGCCCGCGAGAUGGUGCAGGACGGCUACGUCACCGAAUGGAUCGUCGACAACCUCCCCGGUGCCACGAGCUUCGUGACCGUCGACAAGAGCCGCAAGUACUACGCUGCCGGCUUCAAGCUGGGCUUCACAGAUUACGCUGCCAACGGUGGCAAGCCCCGCCACUUCAUCAACAACCACCACACCAUCGUCAUCCGCUGGCGCAAGGCACCUGGCAAGGCUGGCGAGAGAGGCGGCAAGGUCGUCGUCGGCUUCGAGGUCUACCCCAAGAGCAUCGGGCCUCAGACCAAGCGCGAGGAGAGCGGGUGCCCUGCUGAUCUGCAGAACAUUGACCAGAACUUCGAGCUCUACCUAGCCCCGAACAAGUCGAGCGACAACUCGGCGCAGUACUCGCAGUCCUCGUACCAGCCGGAAGACGACGAGGACCCCGACGACGACGCCAAGCUCACCAUUCCCUACACCUACUCUGUCUACUUCCGCGAGGACAACAACGUUGAGUGGUCGCGACGAUGGGAUUUGUACUUCGUCAACCAGGAGGAAGGCUCCAAGAUCCAUUGGCUCGCUAUCGUCAACUCGCUGAUCAUCUGUGGUCUGCUUACUGGUAUCACCCUGAUGAUCUUGGCCAGGACUAUUCGCUCCGACAUUAAGGGUUACAAGGAGGUUCCUCUCGAGGAUGGCAAGCCCAAGCUGAAGCGCAAGAAGACUGGAAACAGAUCUCCCAGGCUUUCAGAGAAGACUGGCGGACUUCUCGACCAAGGAAACGAUGUGGAGAACGAUGCGGAUGUGUCUUCCGACGAGGAGGCAUUGGAAGAUGUCACGGGUUGGAAGCUGCUGCAUGCCGAUGUUUUCAGGACUCCUGCUUUUGGCUACCUCCUGGCGCCCUUGGUCGGUUCGGGCAUGCAACUGCUUUUCAUGGCUAUCGGACUGGUCCUUCUGAGCGCCCUUGGCGUCCUCAACCCGAGCUUCCGCGGAGGAUUCAUCAGCGUUGGAGUCGGUCUGUUCGUCUUUGCCGGCCUGUUCUCCGGCUACUUCUCAGCACGUGUCUACAAGACCUUUGAUGGACAAGAUUACCGAAAGAAUGCGCUGGUCACUGCUGUUCUCUUCCCGGGUCUGCUCUUCGGCAUCGUCUUCAUUCUGAACUUGUUCGUCUGGGCGCAGGCCUCUAGCACGGCCAUCCCCUUCGGCACCCUCGUGGCGAUCAUCUUCCUCUGGUUGUGUAUCCAGGUUCCCCUGGUCUACGCUGGUUCUUGGUUCGGUUUCGUUCGCGGUGGAACCUGGGAACACCCGACCAAGACAGCCACCAUUCCCCGCCAGGUCCCGCUGCAAGCUUGGUACAUCAAGUCUUGGCAGUCGAUCCUUCUGGCUGGCCUCAUUCCCUUCGCAGUCAUCUUCAUCGAGCUGCUCUUCGUCUUCCAAUCCGUGUGGCAGGACAAGAGCGGCUACUACUAUGUGUUUGGAUUCCUGGCGGUGGUUUCGGUCAUCCUCAUCCUGACGAUUGCUGAGGUGACUGUAGUCACCAUCUACAUCCAGCUCUGCUCUGAGAACUACAACUGGUGGUGGCAGUCGUUCAUGGUCGGUGGUGGUAGCGCAGUCUGGGUGUUUCUGUACUGCGUGUGGUACUACUUCUUCAAGCUGCACAUCACCGGCUUCGUCAGCAGCAUGCUGUUCUUCAGCUACAGCUUCAUGGCUUGCUGCGUGUAUGGUCUCUUGACGGGAACCGUUGGUUUCCUGAGCGCAUAUGCCUUUGUGAGGAGGAUUUACGGAGCGAUCAAGGCGGACUAA